AUGGAAGCAGUAGGUAGACCAGUUGGUCACGAGUCUCCUGCAGAAAUUCCAGAGACAGUGGGAGAGGAAUACGUGGUGGAAUGGCUGAAAAAUGAGGAGCCCAUUGACUCUGAACAGGAUGAGAACAUCGACACCAGGGCUGACCAUAACCUGAUCAUCAGGCAGGCCCGACUCUCAGACUCGGGGAAUUACACCUGCAUGGCUGCCAACAUAGUGGCCAAGAGGAGGAGCCUGUCUGCCACUGUGGUGGUCUAUGUGAAUGGAGGCUGGUCUUCCUGGACAGAGUGGUCAGCCUGCAAUGUUCGCUGUGGUAGAGGAUGGCAGAAACGUUCCCGGACCUGCACCAACCCAGCUCCUCUCAAUGGUGGGGCCUUUUGUGAGGGAAUGUCAGUGCAGAAAAUAACCUGCACUUCUCUUUGUCCUGUGGAUGGCAGCUGGGAAGUGUGGAGUGACUGGUCAGUCUGCAGCCCAGAGUGUGAGCAUCUCCGUAUCCGGGAGUGCACAGCUCCACCUCCGAGAAAUGGGGGCAAGUUCUGUGAAGGCCUCAGCCAGGAAUCUGAAAACUGCACGGAUGGCCUCUGCAUUCUAGAUAAAAAACCUCUUCAUGAAAUAAAACCCCAAAGAUGGAGUAGGAGAGGCAUUGAGAAUGCCAGCGACAUUGCUUUGUACUCGGGCUUGGGCGCAGCUGUCGUGGCCGUGGCAGUCCUGGUCAUUGGUGUCACCCUCUAUAGACGGAGCCACAGUGACUAUGGCGUGGACGUCAUUGACUCUUCUGCAUUGACAGGUGGCUUCCAGACCUUCAACUUCAAAACAGUCCGUCAAGGUAACUCUCUACUCCUGAAUCCCGCCAUGCAGCCAGACCUGACAGUGAGCCGGACAUACAGCGGGCCCAUCUGCCUGCAAGAUCCGCUGGACAAGGAGUUGAUGACGGAGUCCUCACUCUUCAACCCUCUGUCCGACAUCAAAGUCAAAGUCCAGAGCUCAUUCAUGGUUUCCUUGGGAGUGUCUGAGAGAGCCGAGUACCACGGCAAGAAUCACUCUGGGACUUUUCCCCAUGGGAACAACCGUGGCUUUAGUACAAUACAUCCCAGAAACAAAAUGCCCUACAUCCAAAACCUGUCAUCACUUCCCACCAGGACAGAGCUGAGGACAACGGGUGUCUUUGGCCAUUCAGGGGGGCGCUUAGUAAUGCCAAAUACAGGAGUGAGUUUACUCAUACCACAUGGCGCCAUCCCAGAGGAGAAUUCUUGGGAGAUAUAUAUGUCCAUCAACCAAGGUGAACCCAGCCUGCAGUCAGAUGGGUCUGAGGUGCUGCUGAGUCCAGAAGUCACCUGUGGUCCUCCAGAUAUGAUGGUCACCACUCCCUUCGCAUUGACCAUUCCGCACUGUGCUGACGUCAGUUCAGAGCACUGGAACAUCCACUUGAAGAAGAGAACACAGCAGGGCAAGUGGGAGGAAGUGAUGUCAGUGGAGGAUGAAUCCACAUCCUGCUACUGCCUUUUGGACCCCUUUGCGUGUCAUGUGCUGCUGGAUAGCUUUGGGACAUACGCCCUCACAGGAGAACCCAUCACAGACUGUGCUGUAAAGCAGCUCAAGGUGGCAGUCUUUGGCUGCAUGUCCUGUAACUCCUUGGAUUACAACCUGCGCGUUUACUGUGUGGACAAUACCCCCUGUGCAUUUCAGGAAGUGGUUUCCGACGAACGGCACCAGGGCGGUCAGCUCCUGGAAGAGCCGAAGCUGCUGCACUUCAAGGGGAACACCUUCAGUCUGCAGAUCUCCGUCCUGGACAUCCCUCCGUUUCUCUGGAGAAUCAAACCGUUCACUGCAUGCCAGGAAGUCCCCUUCUCCCGCGUGUGGAGCAGUAACCGGCAGCCCUUGCACUGUGCCUUCUCCCUGGAGCGCUACACGCCCACCACCACGCAGCUGUCCUGCAAAAUCUGCAUCCGGCAGCUGAAAGGCCAUGAACAGAUCCUCCAGGUGCAGACAUCUAUCCUGGAGAGUGAACGAGAAACCAUCACUUUCUUCGCACAAGACGACAGUACUUUCCCUGCGCAGACUGGCCCCAAAGCCUUCAAAAUUCCCUACUCCAUCAGACAGCGGAUCUGUGCCACCUUCGAUACCCCCAAUGCCAAAGGCAAGGACUGGCAGAUGUUAGCGCAGAAAAACAGCAUCAAUAGGAAUUUAUCAUAUUUUGCUACACAGAGUAGCCCAUCUGCUGUCAUUUUGAACCUAUGGGAAGCUCGUCAUCAGCAUGAUGGUGACCUUGACUCCCUGGCCUGUGCCCUUGAAGAGAUUGGGAGGACACACACGAAACUGUCAAACAUCACAGAAUCCCAGCUUGAUGAAGAUUUCAACUACAGCAGCAGGCAAAAUGGACUCUAGUCCACAUCCCCUCCUGAGCGGCUCUAGUGAUGGCCAGCUUCAGGACAGUGGCUUAAAGUAGGAAGAAGAGGCGGCUCUCUGCCCAGUGGCAUGUGGGGAAUCAGCCUUUAUUGAUAGUCAGUGAGAACCCUGAGUUUAAUGUAGGUAAAACAUGUUAGUAGGGAAAAUAAAAGAGGACCCUGCUGUCUCCUCUGAACGCACUCACGGGUUGACACUGGAUAUGCUCUUCAGGUGUGGACUGUGAGGGUGGAUGUGACAGCAUCUCCAGACCAAGAGUAAUUGUGAAAAAUAGACAUGGUACACUAACCCUGGACAGGCAGACAUUGAUUACGUGCAUGUUUUGAAACAGGUUUUUAAUGACUUGCCCCACAGGACCAACUGAUUCUGGAAUCAGAUUAUCAGUUUCUAACCAACUGGCAUCUGGAAUGCUGGGAAUCAUUUUAAGAUUAGCUUUCAGAAAUGAAACAGGAUUGCCAAACCAUUUGUCUGAUGUCACCAAUGACAAGGAGGGCAUUUAGGAUUUAGAAUCUGAGUACAUCACACCAGCACUUGUCUGUAUGAAUCACUUAAUUGAGACAAGAUCAAAACUGAGAUAGACCACAAACUAGUUCUUGUGUAUCUCACCCUCAUUUUUCCCCAGAGACAAAACUCAUUUCUUUCCCUAUCCUGACCGAUUAUAAUAGAGAAUUUGCAAGGAACAUGGUUACACAUUUUAAUAUGGAAAACUAUUUCUCCUAACUCUCCUAACAAAGCAGGACACUCUGGUCCCAGCCCAGCCCAGUGCUUUUAGAACACAUUCCAAGGACUGGAGAAAGGAAAGACCAGGGCAGACCCAAGGAAAGCAUGAACUAAAGGUGGCCUAGGCCUCGAAUAAGUUGUAGUUAUAGGAGGUGGGUGUCGAUCCAUGUUCUCUUGACACGUUUCUGAUAAGAGAAUGUGUUUUCCUAUGCUUUUCAAUCCAGAGUCUGGGAAUUUUCUAACCUUUUGUACUGUGUCAUCAUAAUAUGUCUUAGUGGGGCUAUAGGACACUGCUGUUGCCUUUUGGGAAAUUAGCAGAGAGCCUUUGCUUUAAAUGGUCCCUGAGUAAAUGUUCUAGACGCCUCAAGCAUCAUUCAGGGAGCCUUCAGGCUCUGACUGCCCAACCUCACCACGUUUACUUUGCCCACAGUUCCAUUAGCUCAUGGCUCUUAUUUUUAUGGUUUUUAUUAAUAGAAGGCAGUGAUAUUUCAGAGAACAGAAAUCUACAGAUGAUUCAUGGCCCCCAUCUUAAUGCUUUACCCCACCUUUAUCUGUUUUUCAAUCAUUCUUGAUAUUCCUGAUAGACUAAAGGUGAGCAAAUGAGCACAUGCUCAUAUCCUGGAAGACCUCUUCUGCAGCUAUCCACAGUCAGGACAACCACAGUCAAGCACCACAUUAACUGCCAGGCAGCUACUCCAGCUGCUUUGAGAUUGGCUAUACUGGAAAAAGAGGAUCCAGGGAAUGGGAUUAGUGGGAAUACCAGUAAUGAAGAUAUCAUGUUUGUGUGUGUUUGUAGGUCCUUUGUUGAAAAGAAACAAUGUUUUGAAUCUCGUCCCAAGUGAGAAAGACCUAAAGACAAGUUGAUCUAUGGGCUAAGGCAUUGAUAAACCUUUGAAUGUGUUGGCCAUUUUUCUAACUUUUGUGUGAUAUAUGCAGUCCCCUGUAUUACACAGAAGACUUUGCCAUGUGUAAUCAAAAGAAAGCAUCUUGCUUUGCUCAGGAACCAAAGGCUUAUUCUAUAGAAUAGACGACUCAUCUUUGAACCGUCACACAUACUUUCAAAAUACCAUAUCUCAAUCAGGAGAUCACUCUUUUCCCACAGUGCUCAACUUGUUCAUUCCUCCUAAAUGAAAAAGAGAGCUGAAAAAUGGAAAUCACUUGACAUUGUUGACAGAAUAUUUUAGAAAAAGAAGUAGAAAUAGAUGAUCAAUCACAACGAAUUGGAGAGAUGAUGAGUGGCGGGUUGGAACAGAAAACGGCUGCAGCUCCUGUUGGGUAAUAAGUUGUUUAAACACAUUCUAGAGAGAGCUUAUAUUAAUGUCCAUCUUGGAGGCUUUAAAAAAUUAUUCUACCCAUUUGUCUUCUUUCCCUUCCAACUGGCCUUAUAAUUGUUUCAUCCAUUCUGUGAACUGUACAUGUUCUCUGCAGAGUUUUGAAAGUUUUUAAUAUAUUUUAAAGUAGAUGAAAAUUUAAAGUAAUUUUCAUGGAACCUAUCUAGAUUAUUUAAAGAUGAUGUAACAUCACUGUUGAUCCCUGAGUGUCUACAGUUUCCUCCCAUUGCUUUCUGGCUUUGCUUUUUCUUGUUCACGUUUCAGCCCGUGUUUAGAGAUGCGCUUGAAUACCAUCCCACAGAUGGAAGAAGUUCGCGCGAGUCUGAGUCAUCUUAGUUUUCCGCUCAUGCUUUAUGAGACUCAUCUCGAGAUUUUUUUUGUUGUUCCCUUCUUUACAUUUGUCUUAUUUCUGCCAGGGUGCUACGUAGGAUUUUGAAAUAAAUGUGUUAAAUUUUGUGGUCUUUUCAUGUCAGGAUUGUGCAAUAUUUUACAGUGGAAUUUCGAAGAGAACCUUUGUCUGUGAGAUUUACAGACCGAGGGUUAUAUGGGUGGGGAGGGGGGGAGCUGUAGGUCACGUAGUCUUAGCUCACACUUGGAUUGUGGUGAAACUGUGACUUAAGCCUUUUCCAUUCAUCUGCCUGUCACAACACAAAUGCCCCUCUUGAAAGAGACUUACUCAUUAAUGCAAACACUUAAUCUGGAAGUCUUACUGUCCCAGUGAAAGAGGAAGCAAAAUUUAAAAGUGGCCUUAAAUACUUGGUAGGUUACUUAAAAUUUUUACAGAAUAUCCUACUUAAUGCCAAAUUACUGAGUACUCAGAGACAUUUAAGUCUAGUCACACUUGAAAUGUGACUUAAAAUUAUGUCACCAAAAUGGUACAAUCCACAGCUUUGCCAGACCGCAGCAUCAUAAAGUUAAUUUGUGGUCUUUACAACAUCACAUGUUCAGUCUCACCAGUUUACAUGAACAUUCUUCAAGCCAAAAGGAAGCUCACUCUAUGGAUAUAAAUGCAAACUUCAUUUGCCGGUUCUGGAAAGCUCAUAGAGCUCAGAUGUACUCCCACAAAAAUUUUAUUGGUCUUUUUGUAAGAGAUGGAAAAGAACUGACAGAGUUGUCUUUAAAGAGAUGAACUUUUCUCUUUUUAUUGUUUUUAUCUCCGACUGCAGAGGUGCGAUCCUAUGCUGCAGCCCUGGUAUUUUUCUUUCAAUUGUUUUGGAGAAGGAAUAUUGUCAGAUCACAUGGGGUUCUCUUUGGAGUAAAAUUUCUGGAUUUAUUGCAGUUUUUUCUUGACAAAUUCUCCACAUCAAGACUGACAAGCAGAGGUAGAAUAUUAAAAUUAUGUAAAUGGUUUUAUAUACUUUCACCGAAGUUACCUGUGAAUUUCAAAGUGUUAACUAACAAAAUCUUUGGCUAUGCUUCUGUUUUUCCUUUGAGCCGUUUUCAAUCUCUUGGUCCCUCUGUGCUCCGUAAACGUGUUCAGUGAUAGAACUAUCAGACAUGUUGAAGGUAACAUUCUCUGAGGUCUUCGUUCCAGCUCUGGAAAGGUGGUGACGUGAGGAAAGACUGAGAAAACAGGCCUCUCUGGCCCAUCGUGGCCGACUUUCAUUCUGUUUUCUUAUGAAGCAUUGCAAAGCUUAAAUCCUCAACAAAACUCCCAUUGCAUGGACUACAGGUGACAGCCACAGCAGAUGGGAGAGUGAAACGUGGGCUUACAGAUGGUGACAACAUUUUAUUAGCCCAUUGGUGUUAAUUACCAUAGUGCUGUAUUUGAAAACGAUGCUUUAGCCAAAAGCUGAAUGGCUGUUUCCGUACUUUCCGCUGUUUUGUCUGUAGAGAAUUUUUCUGAACUACAGGCAAAAAUGUAUUUUGUCAAAUGUCACAAAAGUGAAAAUGUUACUAAUCUUAGGUGUGUUGCAUAUUUUGUGUUUUUCCUUUCCAAACUCUUUCAAAGCUGCAGUUACACAGCUGUUUGGCUGUAUUGACAGCAUGUGGUGUUUCUUCGCAAAAGCAGCUCUAGGAGAGCCAGCAUCGACCGUGGACCCCUCACAUCCUCACUCCAGGGUAACCGGCAAAACCCAAAUGGCAGUUCUCACAUUGUAACUUUUGAGGAUAAGAGGGGACGGAAGCAGACCUGGCCUUAGUCACUAGUGUGUAGUGCUGUGAUCUGAAGUAGGAAUUUAACUCCUGUAGAAUCAUGUGGUUUUGAAGCAGCUACCCAUUGCUUUUCUUUUGCGGUAAAAAUCAUGGAUUUGGAGUGUCCUCAUGAAGCCAGCCUAGGACAGCAGCAUUUCAACUUCAUGUCGAACCCACCUGCAUCCGAACCCAAAGACAAAGAGGCAGUAAACUUCAUGGCUAGGCCUGAUCACAAAAUUCCCCCCCACCCAACCAGACUGUCAGUAGAGUUUAUAUUUUUUUUUUUCCCAAAAUGUUGUACCUUUGGUUACAUGACCUAUCAGUGAAUUUGGUAAUGUAUUUCUUUGCAUGAAUGGAAUUCUAUGCCAAAUAGUUUUACAAAAGUGAUUACUAUGAAAAUGCCCUUAUGUCUCAAAUUUUGCUAAUUCCAAAAUAUUUCACCUAAAUCAAGCAUAACUCUUACCAAGAUUUGAAAAGUAGGCAAUUUAUAUAAUUCCCUUAAAUCUGAUACAUUUAUAGUGGGUAGUGAUUUCACUGGGGUUCUGGGUCAUGAUAUUUAAAGGAGGUGUGUAAGCAAAAUAUCACGCCUCCUGACCCCUUCACCGAAACACAGAUAUUACAUUCAGAAUUUGAUCUGAUAAUUCUAGUAUUCGAUCAUUAGCAAGCCCUGAGGGUGCGAGAGGGUGAAUCACCAGGACGCAGCCAUCAGAGCCUCCUGGGAGAAAAGCUGAACAAGUCAGUCAAGGCUAGAUGCAUCCUGCUCCUAUAGAGAGGUGGGAAAAUAUCCGUGUCAGAAUUUUCCAGUCAGGAAAGCAUCUGUCUCCUUUUCUAAACUGGAAGAUAGAACUUUCAUUCUUCUUAACAAGGUCUGAUUGGAACACACACUUCAGUAUAUCUUGACCUAGAACUAUUGUGAACAUAAGCAAGUAGAGGGAUUCUGGCUUAUUCUCUUGGCCCAACACAAAAAGUAUGAGUGGUUGUUUUCCUUUUCUGUGUGGAAGAAUUUAAAAUGGAUUUCAUUUCAUUCUGUUUAUUUGGGAAGGCACAUGGGGGGUUCUUUCAAAUGAUUCAUUUCUCAAACCCCUACCACUCUCAACAUUUAUUUGAUGUGUUCCAAGCCAAAAAAUGAGAUAAAAUGUGGAGCAGAGCUGAGCACUACUUGGACAUGAAGCUGAAGGAGUCAGGCAGAGGAGAGAGCGGAUGCCAGCAUGGCCUUGGCUUCGUGUCACACUUUUUGUGCCUUGUAUGAUCAGUGUAAAUUCUGAAUGUUGUACAGUGAACACUUGGAUGGACUUCUCAGAAGGCCGCACUGGCUUCUUUUUCAGCACAUGUACAUACCUAUAAAUAUAUAUACAUAUAUAUUUGGUAAUGCCAAACAGCUAUGUUAUAUUGUACUGAACAAAAUGGAUGGUUUGGAUGUUUUAUGUAGAGUUUGCAAAAAAAAAAAUGGAUGGUUACUGACUUUUCGAGAUAAAUGUA